CCGUAAGUUUAGCUGUCAGUUUCGAAAAUUACAAACACUAAACUACUCGUUUCUUCUCUGCUGGUCUGGACGUACUUCCGUUAGAUGCACACACCCGCGAGCGCGUAUACGUAUAAACAAAUGGCUCUCUUCGCCCUCCCGCCAUCGCCUCCCUAUUUUAGCCGGCCGACGCACGCGGCGAAGAACAAAGAUCAACGAUCGAGGGUAUCAAAUUAGAGGAAUAAUCACAAUAAUGGAUUUGGCGGAAACGGAAUCAGAAUAAUCACGGGCUGCCGAAUCGAUCCUUCCCUCGUUCAUCGUCGCCGUUGUUGCUCGCCGCGCCGGCCAUCUUCUCCAGCUCCGGCGGAAGAGAAGAUCGAGAGGUGAUCCCAUAAUAAAUAAAAGAUGGACGAUCUUUCCAAGGAGCAGAUCGCCGAGUUCCGGGAGGCCUUCAGCCUCUUCGACAAGGACGGCGAUGGGACGAUCACGACGGCGGAGCUGGGGACGGUGAUGAAGUCUUUGGGGCAGCACCCGACGGAGGCGGAGCUGCGGGACAUGGUGGAGGAGGUGGACGCGGACGGGAGCGGCGCCAUAGAUUUUGAGGAGUUUUUGAGCCUGGUGGCGCGGCAGAUGCGCGGGGAAGGGGACGCGGACGCCGAGGAGGAGCUCCGGGAGGCGUUCCGGGUGUUCGACAAGGACAGCAGCGGCGCCAUCUCCCUGGACGAGCUCCGCUCCGUCAUGAAGAACCUCGGCGAGAAGCUCUCCGAGGACGAGCUCAACGAGAUGCUCCACGAGGCCGACGUCGACGGCGACGGCCAGAUCAACUACAAGGAGUUCGCCAAGGUCAUGAUGGCCAAACGGCGGCAGAAUAUGGAAGAAGAGAGGGGCGGCGAUCAUCACGGGUCGGAUCACUCUCAUGGGGGCGGUUGCCCCUCAUGUACAAUCCUCUAAGAAAGAAAUUCUUGGGUUUCGCCUUUUUUUUACAUAAAUAUAGUCUUGUUUUAUGGCCAAAACAAGUGUGUACCAAGCAAUAAGCAAUGAAAUUCAAGAUACUUCUUCGGCUCUCGAUCGGUUUCUCUAUAAACUUGGUUAAACUUGAAGAAGGUUACAAAGA